CUGAAUUGUGGGAAGCGGAAAGACACCGGAAGUGAGAGGAUUAAUGAGCGUCAUAGGCCCUGUGACGCAGGAAGGUUGAUCUGCGACUUGGGGGCCAAAGUAUGGAAUCUGGGAGCAUGGAAACUAUAGCUACUAAUCCCCCUGGGGGAUCAAAUGGCUUGGAAGAACCCAAGAAGAUGACGAGAGAAGAUUGGAGAAAGAAGAAGGAAUUGGAAGAACAACGAAAACUGGGAAAUGCACCAGCUGAAGUUGAUGAAGAAGGAAAAGACAUCAAUCCUCAUAUUCCCCAGUAUAUUUCCUCAGUACCAUGGUAUAUAGAUCCUUCAAAAAGGCCUACACUGAAACAUCAGAGACCUCAACCAGAGAAGCAAGAAGAAUUUACAUCACUAUCAGAAUGGUAUAAGCGAGGAGUUAAAGAGAAUGCUGUUGCAACUAAAUAUCGCAAAGGUGCUUGUGAAAACUGUGGUUCAUUGACCCAUAAGAAGAAAGAUUGCUUAGAGAGACCAAGAAAAGUUGGAGCAAAAUUUACAGGAACUAACAUUGCGGCAGAUGAGCAUAUGCAGCCUCAAUUGAUGUUUGACUAUGAUGGGAAAAGAGACCGUUGGAAUGGUUAUAACCCAGAAGAGCAUAUGAAGAUUGUAGAAGAAUAUUCCAAGGUUGAUCUAGCUAAACGCACACUCAAAGCUCAGAAACUGCAGGAGGAACUGGCUUCAGGAAAACUGACGGAGCAAGUGAACUCCCCACGUCAUCGAUGGGGAGAAGAGGACCUAAAUUCACAAACGGAAAGAGAUCAUAACAGUGAAGAUGAAGACGAAGACAAAUAUGCGGAUGACAUUGAUAUGCCUGGACAGAAUUUUGACUCCAAAAGACGUAUUACAGUCCGAAACUUGCGAAUUCGAGAGGACAUUGCUAAAUACCUACGGAAUCUGGACCCCAAUUCUGCCUACUAUGAUCCUAAAACCAGAGCAAUGAGGGAGAAUCCUUAUGCCAAUGCAGGAAAGAAUCCAGAUGAAGUCAGUUAUGCAGGAGAUAACUUCGUUCGUUACACGGGGGCCACCAUUUCCAUGGCCCAAACUCAGUUAUUCGCCUGGGAGGCCUAUGAAAAAGGCUCUGAAGUUCAUCUUCAAGCAGAUCCUACAAAACUUGAACUCUUGUACAAAUCUUUCAAAGUAAAAAAAGAAGACUUUAAACAUGGGCAGAAAGAAAGCAUCUUAGAGAAGCAUGAAAUUGCAAGCCCUUAUUAUAAGCAGUUAAUACCUUUGUUUUCCUUGCAGUGUAUUUGGGGUUCUUACUGGAAAGAAGGAAGAUGGGGAUAUAAAUGCUGCUACUCAUUUGUCAAGUUUUCAUAUUGUACAGGAGAAGCCGGGAAAGAAAUUGCUAAUGCCAGUGAAGAAUUGCCAAGUGAGGUCCAUGAGGACGAGCAGUUAACCAAACCCAAAACUCUAAUGGAGCUACACCAACAAAAACAAAAAGAAAAAAAGAAGAAGAAAAAGAAAAAGCAUAAGAAGAGUACAAGUUCUGAUAGCGAGGGAGAAGACAGAAAGAAACAAGAAAAAUUGAAAAAGGCACUGAAUGCAGAAGAAGCCCGUCUCCUUCAUGUGAAAGAAAUCAUGCAAUUAGAUGAGAGAAAGAGACCAUAUAAUAGCAUGUACGAAAGCCGAGAACCAACAGAGGAAGAAAUGGAAGCUUACCAAAUGAAGCGCCAGCGACCAGAUGACCCCAUGGCCUCUUUUCUGGGGCAGUAGUUUUGGGCAAAAGACUUAUUGUGGAUCAUAUUGGCUUCGGAUUUGGAAGGUUGAAGUGUCACAAAAUCAGAAUGGCCUAACGAUGAAGGAAUCUCUUCUACAUUCUUUUAAAAACAUUGUGAUUUUCAACUUUUUUGGGAAUUGAAGAAUGAAGAAUUCAAAUUCUUAUCGAUUUGGAAAUGCUCUAAUUCUAACUAUGAUGUUUUAACAACAUUGAAUCUUGUGGUUCCAAAGGCUAGUUCAUUAAUUGUAACAUAUGCCUAGAUUGACUCUGCAUAGUCAAACUGAGGAGCUCAAAUUGGAGGGAGGUUUUGCCACGUCGACAUGGCAAGCCAGAAGUUAGUGAAAUGCAGAGUACCGUCCAACAUUAAUAUGUAAUGCUCAGUUGAGAAGUAAAAUGGAUAUUUAUAUUAGUUGAUGUGUAAUUGCUAUAUUUCCUGGCUUUAGUAUUUAAUUGUAGAAGAAAAAAGUCAUUUUGAAGUAAUUCAAAUGAAUAGAAUCGACUUGGCAGUAGUAUACAUUAGAUUAAUAAUUUUUUCCUGCAUAAUGGGAAAUUCCUAUGGAUACUUAUUACUGCUGUUUUUUAUUUGGCUGUCUUUUGGGCAAAGUUAUCUCUCUGGUUAUAAUAGAAAGGCAUUGCUGACAAGCGAGGGGAUAUAUUUUAUAUACAGAUAAAAAUGCAUUUGGACCCUCAAAAAGAAGAUACAGAAAAUAAUAGAGAAUAUUUUGACAUUUGUAAUUGUAGCAUAGACAAAAAGAGAUCCCAUUUUGAAAUGUAUUAUUCCAAAAAUAUGUAAAUAUUUUUACAUAAGCUUUUUAUUGCCUCAGUUUUAAUAAGUUAAUAAUUCCCUUAUACUAAUGUGUAUAUUUAGGUCCAAGUAUUGUUUUCCGGUGUUGUGCAAGAUCUUACUAGUAGGUUAGACUCUUAGGAAAAUUAGAUUAAUUUUAAAAUCUGCAAGAUCCAUACUAUCUUGUUUGAGGAUUUUAUCUGCAAAAGAAAAUGUUUGUAUUUCACACAUUUCAAGUGCUUUGUUUUUGUCAUCUGUUCUGAACUACACAUUGAAAACCUCAUCAAAAUACUAAGUGUUUUAGAUGCAAGAAAGCCAGCACACAACUAAGACUUGCAAUACUGUACCAGGUUUUAUACAAGAGAAAAAAUGGGAAGAAUAAUAAUUUUGCCCAGUAACCUUCCCGGUACAGUGGGUUUUCAUUUUAAACUGAAUUGUAUUCUAGAAAUGCUAUUGAUUUCUAGAUCUGUCCAAUUUUUACAUAUCAAAUGCAACCCAAAGGUUUUUCAUUUCCUGUCGUAUUUGGGUUUUUUCCUAGUUCAGUUCUCAUCCCAUGUGUUUCCACAUAAUCUUUUUAAAAUCUUUUCUUUAUUUUAUACUGUAAUUACUAACAGCAGGAAAA